CCGUCUUAGGAUCGUAACGGGAGCCUCCCGCCGUCCGGGGAGGAGCGGCGCGGCUCUCGGGACGCCUGUCCCCCCGGUCCGGCCCUGAAGGCAGGCCCUGAAGGCAGGCCCGGAGGGACAGCCCGAAAAUUCGGCCCCGAUUUCGGGGUCUAACGAGGCCAGGUGUCGCCAAUUAGGCUCGAUUGGAAGCCGAUCAUCAGGAGCUUCCCUGAUUGGACGCCCUGAAUUGGGACCAGGUGUUGCCAAUUAGGCUUGAUCGGGGGGGCGGGGGGGAAGCACGCCUGCAUAUAUAGCUGGGCUGCGGAGGUGCCCUGCUUCUCAGUUGCUAUCUGACCCUCGCGGAGUGAUGACGGCUUCUAAGUUUAAAAAUCGUUGCCCUGUUUGCCAGAGCAAAUCUUGGCGCCUGCGGAGCCACUUGGAUGACGUUCAUAGCGUCAGGAACGCCCAGGAGCGAAGGAUCCUGUUGGCGUUUGCCAGAGGGCGAGUGAGUGUCCGCGGAAUGAAGUGCCCCGUCCGCGGAUGCGCUUACGGGGGGUCCAGGGUGGCGCAGCACCUCCAAGACGCUCACCGUGAUCUGGGUGCCAAGGAGAAGAGGCGGCUUUUGAGGAAGCUCCAGUGGCGCAAAACGCUUAGGCAGGUGAGAGAACUUCGGGCCUCGGGUCCCGACCCGCCGUUAGCCACCAGCUUGGACCUGGACGGUUCACGGGGCAGGGAAGAAGCCGCCGCCGCCUCCGCUUCCCCGCCUCCCCCCCCUACUCUUUCCCCUCCCUCGCUGGCUUCGGACGUGGUGCAGGGGCGAGGGCUUCCCGGCCGACUGAGCCCCACUCCUCCCCGUUCGACCUCGGCGGACUCCCCGCCACCAGAGCCGGAGCCAUGUCUUCCCGGCGGGCUUGGCACCAGUGCCGACGUGCCAGCCGCGGACUCGGUGGUCGUCGAGGAGGAGGAGAUUGCCGGAGGGCCGGAGAUCGGGGACGAACCGCAGGCGGAGCUGACUGGACUGCCGGAGAUAAGGGACGAACCGCAGGCCCCGUCCUCCAGCACGGUUAGUAAGCUGAUUACAUUUCCUCCAGUCAUCCGUUGCUACCUGCAGGAAUAUAACCGGCAUCUGACCGGGGCUAUACGCUCGCGAAAGCAUGUUGAAAAUGUUAAAUCAAAGAUGGGUCGAAUUGUUGCAUUCCUCAGCUACAUGAGCCGUAAUAAGACCGCCCUGGGCUCCUGGCGCUUCUUGGAUGACGCCGGACGCAUACUUGCCUGGCCCGCUGAACUCAGCCGUCAGCAGAAGGCCGUGACUACCGUUAAGGUUUACCUGGUAAACACAACCCAAUUCCACGUAUACUUCAUGGAGACGCCUCCGAGAAGCUCCAGGCUGUCAAAGCGGCAGCUCGUGUCGGUGAUGCGAGCUCUGAGGUCGGCCACGUGCCAAAUCGGAACGCAGGUGGUGCUUCGGCAGAUCAAGGUCAAGUCUGAGAAGCUCCAGCGAUCCGUAACGCCCCAACUUCUCUGCAGAUGCCUCAAACAAUCUCAGAGCUGGAUCCCCAGACUCUUGCUGAGCUGCUCGCAAAAGAAGCACGACGUGGGAGCGAGACAUCUGUUGUACGGUUUCAUUGUCCUUUACCUUACUUCUCUCUACGGCCAUCGGGCCGGCGUCAUGACCAACCUUACCACCGAAGAGGUCCUGGAGGCAACAAGGGGAUCCAGCUCUCGCUCUCCGGGGGUCGUACUCAAUGUAAAAAACCAUAAGACUGCACGGGUGUUUGGCUGUGCUCAGGUGUUUCUGACCCACGAGGAACUGGGCUGGAUCCAGCGGUGGAUGGAGAUCCGGGCUCUGCUACGCCCUCGGUGCGAUCUGGUAUUUUUCAAUACCAACCACGGGCAAGUGAAAAACAUCACCCUGUUCGCGAGGAACGCAUGGGCAGCCAUGCUACUGCCAGGCAGACCCUCCCUUACCGACAUCAGGACCGCGGUCGCAACGAUGUGCAGGAACACCCACUCCAGUGAGGUCCGGACGCAGCUGUCCCGGGUAAUGUGUCACGACACCCGCACGGCCGACCGAUUCUAUGCGAUGCAGCUGGAUGUCUGCCAGAUGGCGGAGAUGAGGCGCAGAUUUGCCCAGUGCAUGGGAGAAGAAGCUGCAGAAAGUUCACAAUAAACUUUGAAUAAUGCACCAGAAUGUGUCAUGUCUCUUCAUUGUGUGGGGGGUGGGUGGGUGGGGUUCCAAUCCCGGCCAACGGGGCCCGCGGAUCGGUCCGCACCUCUGGUAAUCUGAGCUGGGCUCAGAACCGACCCGGAGAACCGCCAGGCCCAUCAGAAGGACCGAGGAGACUCACAGGAGCGGCCGGAGCCCACAGCGUUACUGCUUCGGAGAUCCAGAGAACCAGACCGACGUUCCGGGGAAAACGGCUUAAAAUGCUGGAAAAAGCCGAAAAGGGGGGCCUAAAUCGGCCUUGUCUGAGCUCCAGACGCCCCCUACAACCGCCCUGGAUCAAAACACUUUGUCAUUUUAGAAAAAAGUGCUCUUCUCCAGGGCUCUCUUGAAAUCCUUCCGGUGGGAUUUUUUUAUCUAAGGUCCUGAGAUCCUAUCUAUCCAAAUGGCGCCGGUGAAGCCCUAUUUUUACGGGUGGGGGGCAAUGCUUUGGACCCCCUGGACGCCUCCAGGGCUUUCAGCUCAUGUCAUAGCCGGAAAUAGGGACCGCAAAUCGGGAAACCCCAACUCCGGCCCUGAAUGCAAGCCCGGCCAGCCGGAGACCUCCAGGGCUUUCAGCUCAUGUCAUAGCCGGAAAUAGGGACCGCAAAUCGGGAAACCCCAACUCCGGCCCUGAAUGCAAGCCCGGCCAGCCGGAGACCUCCAGGGCUUUCAGCUCAUGUCAUAGCCGGAAAUAGGGACCGCAAAUCGGGAAACCCCAACUCCGGCCCUGAAUGCAAGCCCGGCCAGCCGGAGACCUCCAGGGCUUUCAGCUCGUGUCAAAGCCCCAAAUAGGGGCCCCCAAAUCGGGAAACCCACCCCCGAACUCCGGCCCUGAAUGCAAGCCCGGCCAGCCGGAGACCUCCAGGGCUUUCAGCUCGUGUCAAAGCCCCAAAUAGGGACCCCAAAUCGGGCUCCUCUCUCACUGAUCCGGCUCCGGAACAAACAACCAGGCUGGACAACCGGACAACCUUACGCACCCUUCGAACCGCGGCAUCCCACACUUAAGCACCCCCCACACGGACUACACCCACCAGCACGCACGGCCCUGGGGUUCGUGCCCCUGGUAAGGCAAGGAGAGAGAGCACCAGGUGGGGAGAGGGAGGCCGGGGUCUCCCCGUGACAAGGGGAGCCCCGGGCUGGGCUGGCCGUCCCGUGCGGGCCGACCAGCCGCCCCCCUCUCCCCGCACCGGAGGGGCCGGCUGGGACUUAGGCUGUGAAGCGAAGCGCGGCUCGUGCCCCUGGUAGGGCAAAGAGAAACAGCUCCAGGUGGGGAGAGGGAGGCCGGGGUCUCCCCGUGACAAGGGGAGCCCCGGGCUGGGCUGGCCGUCCCGUGCGGGCCGACCAGCCGCCCCCCUCUCCCCGCACCGGAGGGGCCGGCUGGGACUUAGGCCGUGAAGCGAAGCGCGUCCCGUGCCCCUGGUAGGGCAUAGUUCCACCGGAGGAGGGGGUGGGAGGGAGGCCCCGGAGGUCGGCCGACAAAAGGUUGGAUCGAGAGCUGACUCUCAAUGGAUCGCAGCGAGGGGAGCUGCUCUGCCACGUACGAAACCCUGACCCAGAAUCAGGUCGUCUGCAAGUCAUUUAGCACCACGUUCUCCGCGAACAUGCUGUGCGCGAUCGGAGAGGGGUGACCGUCGUCCGGCCACACCCCGGCCCAGUCACGGAAGGCUCUCCUCGCCGACCGGAGUCGGGUAUCGGAGACCGACCGAAGCGAUGCGGCGCUACUGGUAUCGUUACGUCUAGGCGGGAUUCUGACUUAGAGGCGUUCAGUCAUAAUCCCACAGAUGGUAGCUUCGCCCCAUUGGCUCCUCAGCCAAGCACAUACACCAAAUGUCUGAACCUGCGGUUCCUCUC